UAUAACAUUUAUUUUAAUUUUGAUUUUUUAAAAAUCGAAAAAGGAGACAAAGACAUACGGGACCUUGAUAUUUUGAUUUUAUUACGUACCCAACCAAGCUAAAUGGGUUAAAAUAACCCAACUUCUCUUCAAACCGGGUCGAAACUCCAAAACCCUAAAUUCCUCUUCCCUUUUCCUUUGUCGACAUAUCAAACCCGACAAAAAAAAAAUUCUUAUCCUUCAUCCUCUUCUAUCCAUCCUAUACACCACAAAACCAAAGAUUAACAUCUGGGAUUCUUCUUUCUCCUUUCAUUCCGACAUCUUCGUCAUCCUCUAUUCGAAAGAGGUCCAAUUCCAAAAUGGCUCGGACCAAGAACGCAACGGUUGUUCCAACCGAGCAUGAAGCAGACCCAGUACUAGGCGAAGAAGAAGAAGAGUUGCCUAGAGAAGAUCCCGGUAAAGAGCCAGAAGAUUAUGAAGAAGCGGAGCAAAAUUCAAUGGAUUCUGAAGAUGAAACUGAACCACUACGACCAUUGAAGAUGUACUUUAGCCCCUCCGAUUAUGUGAAGCCAUUCAAGCUAUCAUCUAAGUGUUAUAUUCAUCAAGCGGUGAAGCUUUUGCGGGGGCAUCUUUCAGUUGAUGAGUUGAAAUGGUUUUUGGAGCAUCCACAGUUCAAGCACUUCUUCCAUAUGCAUACGGGUUCAAAUCACAAGUUAAUGGGAAUGUGGAUGCUUCUUCUACGCACUGCUUGUCUUGAUAAGAAGAAGGAAUGUUGGUUUGUUGUCAACGGUGUACCAAUCCGCUAUUCUAUCCAAGAAUUUGCACUCAGUUCUGUUUGUUCUGUCAUUCUUAUCCAAAAAAUUAUGAAGCAAUUGGCAGCGAUAGGUUCUCUGGAAAACAUUUUGGUGCAACCGGAACAGUUACAUAUGCGAGAGUGAAGGAAAAAUUACUCUCGAUGAAGAGAUCUAACCCUGACCGUUUGAAGAUGGCUGUCAUAUAUCUCUUAUGUAGUGUGAUCGUCGGGAAGAGAAAAACUCGACCACUAGCAGAUCCUGUGGAAGACUUGUUUCUUAGAGCCGUGGAAGAUCUAGAAUGGUGUAAAACGUUCCCAUGGGGCCGAUUUGCAUUUGAACAUAAUAUGAAAGAUAUUUUUCAUCUCCUGGACCACUUUGAUGGAGGAUUGGGCGCACAAUGGGUGUUUCCUAGCUUCGUGAUGCCUUUGGAGAUUCUAGCAUUUGAGGCCAUCCCAAAUCUAAUGAACCAAUUCAGAGAACAUGUUGUAUCAGCAGAUCCUGAGUGCCCUAGGAUGUGUAAGAUGAAGUUCAAACCUAGUAGUAUGAAAGGUUUUCCUAUGUCGGAGUUGUAUGAUUCUCUUGGUACAACAAAGGAAAUUGAGAGUAUCAUGCUUCCUAAUCCUUCUGAAAAUGAACUUUUGCGUCGAAUAAUGGAUAAUGAGGAUGGAUCAGAUGAUUUUGAUGAUGUGAUUGUUAAUGGUUGGACAAGGCGUAUAUUUAAGGUUCACAAGCAAGUUUGUUUUGAGGAGCUUCAUAAUAUAGAUGUUGGUAACCGUGUUAUGGAGGAAAAGUCAAGAGAAUGCAGUUGUGGGUGGGAUGUGAAGAGUUUAAAAGAAGCUAGCGGGAAAGCUAAUGAGUUGGAUAAAAGAGGUGAAGAGAAAUAUUCUGAGUUGGAAGAAGAUGAGAUCGAAGAGAGUGGAGGUGAAGAUAAAGAGAAUGCGUCUGAGUUAGAAGAGGAUGAGAAUGGAGAAGAUGGAGAGAAAGACAAAGAGUUUGAAGAAAAUGAUAAUGGAGAAGAUGGAGAGAAAGACAAAGAGUUGGAAGAGAAUGAGAAUGAUGAAGAUGGAGAGAAAGACAAAGAGUUGGAAGAGAAUGAGAAUGGAGAUAAUGGAGAGAAAGAAAAAGAAGGUGAUUUGGAAGGGAAUGACUUGGAUGGAGAUAAUGAAAAAGAAGGUGAUUUGGAAAGGAAUGACUUGGAUGGAGAUAAAGAGAAAGAGAAAGAAGAGUCAAGUGAGAAGAGACAGCAGGUGAAGAAGAAGUACGAGAGAAAGAGAACAAGGAAAACAAGUGCAGAAGAACAAGAAGAAGAGGUUCAAGUCGGAAAAAAGGCUAAGGUGACGAAGAAGAAGGUGGGUGUUAUGGUUAGGAGUCCGAUUAUGACAAGGAACAAGAAGAAGUAA